CGCGGUGCGCGCCGCUGUCGGGAACCGUGCGCGCUCAAGGCCGUGGAGAGGGGUGGGGGCUUCCAUUUGGGGGUCCCAGCACCCCAAAUCCCGGAUUGAGGGUCCCAGCCUGGGAGAAGCCGGCUUCCAAUUCCCCCUGCAGCGCGUUCCGCAGGUCAACUCCUCGCACCUUGGCCGGCCAGAGGAGAGAUCCAGCCCGGAGGGCGCGGCUCUUUCCGGGGAUCGGGGCCCUGGGCGCUGCGAAGCAGGCAGGGUCGGGGAUCGACUGAGCGCCGGAUCCACCCCCACCGAGUGAUGUCCGGGGGAUGGGGAGACCAGAGGAAGGCAGAGAAGCCCCCCCGACAAGUAUCCCGUAGCCAGGGGCACCCUCUGUGUUCGCAGCGCCGGGAGCAAGGUGAGGCAGAGAGCAGAGGUGGUUCACCGUCAAAGCGAACAUCGAGUCGGGCAGAGAAAGGCUCUCUGGACUUAGAGCCGCAGCCUUCGAAAUCGAACAGCCGCUAUUAUUCACCAAUGGGAGGAACCUCAAGCCAGACAAAAAACAACCCUCCACAGUCAGAGAUGCAGGGGCACUGGGAGCGAGGUGAGGCAGAGAGCAGAGGUGGUUCACAGUCAAAGCGAACAUCGAGUUGGGCAGAAAAAGGCUCUCUGGACUCAGAGCCACAGCCUUCGAAAUUGAACAGCCACUAUUAUUCACCAAUGGGAGGAACCUCAAGCCAGACAAAAACCAACCCUCCACAGUCAGAGAUGCAGGGGCACCCUCUGUGUUCGCAAGGUGAGGCAGAGAGCAGAAGUGGUUCACCGUCAAAGCGAACAUCGAGUCGGGCAGAGAAAGGCUCUCUGGACUCAGAGCCGCAGCCUUCGAAAUCGAACAGCCGCUAUUAUUCACCAAUGGGAGGAACCUCAAGCCAGACGAAAACCAGCCCUCCACAGUCAGAGGUGCAGCGCCGGGAGCAAGGUCAGGCAGAGAGCAGAGGUGGUUCACCGUCAAAGCGAACAUCGAGUCGGGCAGAAAAAGACUCUCUGGACUCAGAGCCACAGGACCAGGUUCAAGAGACGGCAGAGAGUGGAAGUUGCACCACGGCAAACGGAGCAUCAAGUCAGACAGAGGCGGGCUCUCUGGAGUCACAGCUGCAGACUUUGAGGGGUUCCUUGCACCCCUUGGCCUCCCAAUUCCUCCAGGCCCAGGAGGUGGUUGUCCGAAUCGCUGCCCAGCUGUUGGCCAACGAUCAGCCCCUGAGAAGCAGCCUGCCAGCCGCAAAGCCCAACCUGCUGGAAGCCAUCCAGCGGCUCCGUCAGCAGCUGAGCGAGCAAGAGGAGCUCGUUUUCCAGCUGCAGGAGAGAAAUCGGCAGCUUCAGAGCAUCCAGGAACAGCAAACAGCCCACAGGCUGGAAGAGAACCGGCAGCUGCAGGAGCAGAAAGAGGAAGUGUCCCGUCUGCUGAAGGAGAAGCAUCAAGUCCAGGAGAAGUUGGAGGACCAGGAAAAACUGGUGUCCGAGCUACUGGGAAAGAAUGGGGAGCUCCUGCAGGAGCUGGAGGAGAAGGACAUCCGAGUGUCACACCUGGUGCAAGAGAACGACUGGCUCCGUCAAGAGAAUGCGAGACUCCAGAGGAGCCCCGGAUCCCAGAGAUGGACUUCUUCCUCCUGGCCCAGUUCUGCUCCCGCACUCACAGCCUUCCCCGUGGAGGUCUGGACCACUGGGCAGACGGGAGGCUGCGAGAAGGACAUUGUCAACGACGUCUCCAAGUUCCUGGUGGGCCUCGGGAUCUCCCUCCAGCAGGAGGCUUAUGAAGAGAAGUCUGGCCGCUUCCUCCUCCUCUUCUGCCCUGUCUCCUCCCGCGUGGGCAGCGACACACUCUGUGCCCUGGCGGCGCUGAACAGAGUGCGAAAAGCCGUCUUGGUCGUCCUUCACCACAAGCCGAAGGGCAGCACCCAAGAGAUCUUGGACACCCAGCGGCAGGUCCAGCACGAAGCCCUGGUGCGCACGGUGCAUGCCUGCUACAGCAUCCAGGAUGGAUUCUACCCCUGCGAGAUGAACGAGGCCGCCGUGGCGUCCGUGGCAAAGGCUAUCCAGGAGCAGAGGAGCAGCUGAGCCACAGAUCCGGCACUCCGACUUCUGUAGGGUGGUUGAUUGCAGUGGGCAUGCAAAAUCGAGUUUUCGGGGAAUGAGGGUGCUCACGUUUUUCGGACAGACCUGGCCUGGCUUGCUACCUCCAGGCUGCCUCCACUCACCCUGGGAUGUCAUGAUAACGGGUGCAGAGCUCUCGGAAGAAGGUGUCUUGUCAGAGUCAGAGCCUCGGGUCCAUCUAAGUCUACACUGUCUACACAGGCUGGCAGGGUUCUCUCCCCGCCUUACCUGGAAAUGCCAGUGGAGAGUUUACCUUGAACCUUCUGCAGUCCAAGCAGGUGUCCUAGCACUGGGCUAUAGCUCUUCCCUCUCGGCACAGGGCUGGCUGCCUUCAGCCGGGGAGAACGUCACCUUGCAAGUUUCCAAAACCCACCGGCCCACUUCCAGCCGUGAUGGUACCUGGAGGGAGCUAAAAGCCAGUCUUUUUGCAGGAACUCUGCCUUACAAAACCACGUUGCUGGAACAGCUCUUGAAUCUGGUUGCUCCAGGAGAGAAGUGCAAAGUUUUAAAUUUUGAAAUCAGGGUUUUUUAGAAUUGCAAUUGGGGUUCAAGUGCCAAGGGGGUUGGUUGAGAAAUUUGGGUCACCCGUGUUCCCUCCCAGACAUCCAAAAUCUGCAGCCGACUUGCAAAUGUCCGACCAUGUGCAUAUGUGCUUUUCACACAAGGAGCACAUGCAACUGUGUGAAGGUUGUCACGGUUGCUAAACGUGCUGCUGCGCUGACGACGGAGACCUGAGCACCCUAUCUAGGCUUCUGCUAGUAUGUGUUUGCAUGGCUGGAUUUGUAUUGGUGAUGGGGGUCUUUUCGGCUUACUAAACCUCUAAGAGGAAGGUGUAAAAUUAGAGCUACACUUCAGGGGUGGUGUUGGGGUAGAGAAGGCAAAUUCGGGUCUGAUCCUACACCUGUAUUAGCAACUGUUGUGUCCCCAAUAUGAAAUAUGGAAAUAAAGCUAAUAAAUUGGGCUA